AUGACUACCGCCGUUCUUGUAACAGGGGCUUCUGGCUUUAUCGCCCUGCAUAUCGUGGACCAACUUCUAUCGCAGGGCUAUUCGGUGGUAGGCACAGUGAGAACCAAGGAAAAAGGGGACUAUGUGUACUCUCAAUUCAGCGCGAAAUACAAGAAUCCAAAGCUGACGCUUGAAUACGUCAAAGAUAUUGCGGAAUUAGAUGCAUUUGACAAUGCAGUGAAAAAUCACCCCGAGGUGGAGUUCGUUUUGCACACAGCAUCGCCAGUGCAUUCCACUACGGAUGGAACCCCCGAGGAACUUUUCAUUAAUCCGGCUGUGAAUGGCACUGUUGGGAUUCUGAAGGCUGUUGAAAAGUAUGCUCCACAGGUAAAGCAUGUUGUUAUGACAUCAUCGUUUGCGACCGUUCGGAAUGCUGAUAAGGCUGGCGAUAAGAGUUUCAAGCAUACGGAGGAAACGUGGAAUCCAAUCACUAGAGCAGACCUUAACGGUGAUGUGAUGCCAUCCUAUUCUCUAUCUAAGACUCUGGCUGAAAAGGCUGCCCGUGAGUUAGUGGCUUCGACUAGUGCGAACUUCACGUUCCACACCGUGAACCCUCCCUUUGUCUACGGACCCCAGCUUUUCGAGGCAUCAAUCGCCAAUCCAGAGCUCAACUUUUCAGCAGAGAAAGUCAAGUCUGUCCUUCACUUACCUGCUGACUCGAAAGGUCCCUUUGACAACCCGCAAGUUCUGACAAUUGAUGUGAGAGACGUUGCACGUGCCCACAUCGCUGCGCUAUCGGACCCUGCCAAGUUCGCUAAUAAAAGGUUACUUCCCACAGUGGGAAGGUCGAAUCCUCAGAGAGUACUGGACACAAUCAGACUGAAGUUCCCUGAACUAAGGGAGAAACUCCCAGUUGGAGAUCCAGCAAGAGGCGAGAAGGAAAGGGAAGCCAAAGGUUUCUAUUAUGAUAACUCUAAGACUCGCGAAUUGUUGGGAUUCGAGUUCAUUCCGUAUGAAACAACAAUCUAUGACUCUGUGAAGCAGAUUCUUGAUUAUGAAGAGGCCCAAGUUUAG